AUGUUGAUCACCGAAUCAUAUACAGACAUUAAAACGUCCUAUGGGACUACUAUGCGGGUAUUCAUUUACCACCCCAAGAUUCCUCAGUACCCCCAAGCCAAGUUCCCUGGCGUUAUUGUGUUUUCAGAGAUUUAUCAAGUAACUGGACCUGUUGAGAGAUUUGCAAAGCUGAUUGCAGGCCAUGGAUACAUUGUUGCAGCUCCCUCUGUUUAUCACAAUUACGAGUCCUUCGAGCCAUUUGCAUACGACGGUCCCGGCACUGAUUUGGGCAACAAGUACAAAGCCACUAAACCCCUUGAAUCUUAUGACGAAGACUGCAAAUUGGCCACUGACUACCUGGUAUCGUUGCCUACAUGCACAGGCAAGAUUGGUGCCACGGGCAUGUGUUUGGGCGGUCACAUUGCUUUGCGUGCCGCUUUUGACCCCCGUGUGAAGUCUGCCGUGACCUUCUUUGGUACAGACAUUCACUCAAACACUCUUGGAAACACCUCUGACGAAUCUCUGCACUCGCUGGCCCGUAUUAAAAAUGGCGAUCUCGGAGGAUCCUCAGAUACAGAGCUUGUGACCAUUUUCGGUACAUUGGAUCCUCAUGUUCCCCCGGAGGGCCGCGAUAAAAUUCGGGCAACAUUGCGCGAAGCUGGUGCAUUUUUUUCUUUUGUAGAGAUCGCUGGAGCGCAGCACGCAUUUGUUCGCGACGAAUUUUCCAAAGGUAGAUAUGACCCUGCUGUCACGGGACUAGGCCUAGACAUGCUUUAUGAACUGUUCCACCGAACAUUAACAUUAGAUCUUGGAGACGUGGACCCGGCUCCGGUCAAGAUUGACAAUGUGUGCUGA